UCUGUAUAAUUCGUAUUUUAUUCUCUAUCCAAUCAGUUAAUUAAAAAAAAAAGAUAUAAAUAAAAAAUGAAAUUACCAUCGUUAUCUCUUUUUAGGGUUCCCUUCACUCUCUCUCUUCUAUUUGUCUCAACAAUUUUGACUUGAAAAAAAAGCGCUUCAAGAAAAAAAAAAUCCUUAACCAGGAAAUAAUACUGUACAGAUCUUUUAUCCACCAAACCCAAUUUCAUUGCAAAGGGUUUUUGGGUUUUUAACCUUUUUUUUUUUGCCCUUUCUCUUUUAAUUCCUUGCUUCUUUUUAUUUUUUUUUAGAUUUUAAAAAAAUAAAUUAGAUUGGAGAUUCAGUUAAUUAUUAGGGUUUUGUUUUUGGGUUUUUUUUUUGAGUAGUAAUUUUCAAGUGUAGAUACAAUGGAUGCUUCUGAGGAUCUUAAGCAAUUAGGCGAUACUUCCACAGGAGCUGCAGUAUUUGAUGCAUCACAAUAUGCUUUUUUCGGAAAAGAUGUUCUUGAGGAAGUUGAAUUGGGGGGAUUGGAUGAUGAAGAGGAGGAAUUACCAGCAGUCGGACUUGAUGAGGAGGAGUUUUUGUUCGAUCGAGAGGAGGGUGAGGUUUUGAGAUCCUUAUCAGACAUUGAUGAUCUUGCUAGUGCAUUUUCAAAGUUAAACACAGCUGUUAGCGGACCAAGAGGCUCAGGGAUAAUUGGUGAUAGGGGAUCUAGAGAAAGUUCAUCUGUUGCUGAAUGGGCACAUGGGGAGGAAUUUCGUACCUGGUUUGAUCAGCAGGCUCUUGAGACUGAAAGUAUUCCCGAAGGCAAACGCUGGUCAUCACAACCAUAUUCUUCUGUGCCCAAUUUGGACUCAAAGCAUCUGUAUAGGACUUCCUCAUACCCUGAGCAGCAGCAGCAGCAGCUGCAACUCCAUCACAAUCAACAGUUCACUAGUGAACCAAUUCUAGUUCCAAAAUCUUCUUACACUUCUUACCCUCCCCCUGGUGGCAGAUCUCCACAAGCUUCACCAAACCACCAUUCUGGUCACCUGAAUAUUCCACAUAUGGCUGGUGGAUCACAGAUGGCUUCUUCACCAAACCUCUCUGCCUUCUCUACUUCUCAGCUUCAAUUGCCAGGUUUACAUCAUGGGUCACAUUAUGCUGGGAAUAUGCCUCAAUUCCCUCCUGGUUUGUCUGUCAAUAAUCGGCCGUCAAAUCAAUGGGGGAGCCAACCGAACUUAUACGGUGGAGAUAAUACCAGUGUUUUAAACAAUAUGUUGCAACAACAGUUAUCUCAUCAAAAUGGUUUGAUUCCGCCGCAAUUAAUGCCACAGCUGCAGACGCACCAGCAGAGACUCCAACAUCCUGUUCAGCCAUCAUUUGGCCAUUUGUCAGGGAUACAGUCUCAACUAUUUAAUCCUCAUCUUUCCCCAUCCCCACCUCUAAUGAACAAGUUUGAAGCUAUACUUGGUCUUGGUGAUCUGAGAGAUCAAAGACCGAAAUCAGCUCAAAGAAGUAGGCAGAAUCCACGAUUUUCUCAGCAGGGCUUUGAUAGCAGUGGACUGAAGAGUGAUAUUGGAUGGCCUCAGUUUAGAUCCAAAUACAUGUCUACUGAUGAGAUUGAGGGCAUUCUUAGAAUGCAGCUCGCUGCGACUCACAGUAACGACCCUUACGUGGAUGAUUAUUACCACCAGGCUUGUCUUGCAAGAAAAUAUUCUGGGGCAAAGUUGAGACACCAUUUUUGCCCAAAUCAUCUUAGGGAUCUUCCUCCCCGAGCACGUGCUAAUUCCGAGCCACAUGCGUUUCUCCAGGUUGAUGCUCUUGGAAGGGUUCCUUUCUCUUCGAUUCGCAGGCCUCGCCCUCUUCUUGAAGUUGACCCUCCAAAUUCAUCUGCUGUCAGCAACAAUGAACAGAAAGCUUCUGAUAUGCCCCUGGAACAGGAACCAAUGCUUGCUGCUAGAGUUACAAUCGAGGAUGGUCUAUGCCUUCUUCUUGAUGUAAAUGAUAUUGACCGGUUUUUGCAGUUUAAUCAGUUGCAGGAUGGUGGAGCACAGCUGAGACAAAGACGACAGGUUUUGUUGGAAGGCCUGGCUGCAUCACUUCAAUUGGUUGACCCACUUGGCAAGAAUGGUCACACGGAUGAGCUUGCUCAUAAGGACGAUUUUGUAUUUUUACGGAUAGUUUCCCUUCCCAAAGGCCGGAAGCUGCUUGCAAGGUACCUUCAGCUUCUUUUUCCCGGUGGUGAGCUUAUGCGAGUUGUCUGCAUGGCCAUUUUCCGUCAUUUAAGGUUCUUGUUUGGAGGCCUUCCCUCUGAUUCAGGAGCAGCAGAAAGUACAAAUAACCUUGCAAGGGUUGUUUCCUCAUGUGUUCAUGGCAUGGAUCUUCGUGCACUUAGUGUCUGUCUUGCAGCUGUUGUUUGUUCCUCAGAGCAGCCCCCUCUUCGUCCGGUUGGAAGUCCUGCUGGAGAUGGGGCAUCUCUUAUUCUGAAGUCUGUCCUUGAUAGGGCAACAAAACUCAUGAUUGAUUUUGGAGCUGCUGGCAAUUAUAAUAUGACCAAUCAGUCCCUUUGGAAGGCCUCAUUCGAUGAAUUUUUUAACCUUCUUACCAAGUAUUGUGUAAACAAAUAUGAUACUGUGAUGCAGUCCUUGCGUAUGCAGGUCAAACCAAAUAUGGCAAUUGAUGAGUCAGAUGCUACCAGAGCUAUUAAAAGAGAAAUGCCGGUUGAUCUUUUACAUGCAUGUUUGCCCCACAUUAAUGAUCAGCAGAAAAAGCUGAUAUGGGAUCUCUCUCAGCGGUCUAUGCUUGUAGAAUAGUGAUGAAGAAGUGGUACUUAGGAAGAGUUUAAAUUCGCACAUGUUUCGGACAGCCAUGUUGAAGUAAAGUAUGGAGCAAGUGAUGCCAUGUGCUGAAAGGAAUGCAAUUAGCUAUAGCAUUUCAAACGGAUGGCUAUGAUGGAGCAUCCACAAUGGUUCAGGUGAAGCUUCGAGGACAUUUAAACUAAAGGUCAAUUUAGCCCCUUUCAGAUUUUAGUCUUUCUAGUUGAUGUGUUUUUACCUUUAAUAACAUGCUGCUUUUUUUGCAAAACAUUUAAGUGGGCCUAUGUGUAUUACGAUAGAACCUUGCUGGGAUAUGUUUUCCUUUCCUUGGGUUCUUUCUUUUCCAUACAUUGGAGCUUAUUUUGAUGCUCUGUUGUGAAAUUUCUGGUAUGGAGAUGUAGUGGGUUAGUGUGUACAGGGUUCAGUACAGAAGGUUUCCCGCGUUCCUACUAUUAUUUUCCAAGGAGGUGGGAUAGAUCAUGUCUUUGUCUCUGUUGGAGUAGUGUCUCAGUCACUGAUUCAAGGCAUGCAGAUGUUGAUUGUAGCUUGCUGGGAGGUGUGAUAGUGUUGCCUUCUGAGAUGAAAUGGUGAAUCUAGCCUUUAAUAUUGGUAACGGUGUUGCUUUUUGAUUUGAACGUUCCCGUGGUCCUGAAAUUAUUGUUUGUAAUCUUUUUCAUUUUAUUAAAGAAAGACUGUUCAUAUCUUAGUGCAGCUGCAUUUGGACAUGGGUGUUGGUUUCAAGGCAAUAAUUCUUUGGAGCCUUACUAAACUGCUUUACCCCUUUAUUUUGCUAUGUCAUUUGAAGUUGUGGGAUGA